ACACAGAUCGGAUUUUGGAACAUGCAUUUACAAAUAUCCUUACUGCUGCUGCUCUGUCUGAACAAUGUCCAUGGUAGUGAUGGGUAUUUUUCUGAGCAAUACCAGAAACAAUCCAGCAUUAAGGGCCCUCAGUUCUUACCAUUCAAUGUAAAAAGUCAAGGUGUGCAGAUAAGGGGAGAACAAGGACCCCCUGGUCCCCCAGGCCCUAUUGGACCAAGAGGACAACCGGGUCCUGCAGGAAAACCUGGAUUUGGAAGUCCAGGUCUGCAGGGUCCCCCUGGUCCCCCAGGACCUCCUGGAUUCUCUGCUGUUGGAAAGCCCGGCAUGCCAGGUUUACCAGGAAAGCCAGGAGACCGAGGAUUACCUGGUGAGAAGGGAGAUGCUGGACCAGUUGGGCUCCCAGGAGCAAGAGGGCCACAAGGACCCCCUGGCAUUCCUGGCCCUGCAGGACUAUCUGUUCCUGGCAAGCCUGGACCACAGGGCCCUCCAGGAGCUCAAGGGCCAAGGGGUCUUCCUGGUGAGAAGGGAGAGCCAGGUAUUCCCGGUGCAAAUGGACAAAAGGGAGAAACUGGAUUUGGAGUUCCAGGCCGCCCAGGUAGCAGGGGGCUUCCAGGUCCACAGGGACCCCGAGGCCUCCCUGGUCCUGCUGGGAUAGGGAAGCCUGGUGAGAAUGGUCUUCCAGGUCAGCCAGGUUUGAAGGGCGACAGAGGUUUACCAGGUGCACCUGGAGCAGCUGGUAUCCAAGGUCCCCAGGGUCCCCCUGGAGAACCUGGACAACCUGGUGUUGGCAAGCCUGGACCAAUUGGACCACCAGGAGCAGCAGGUAUGCCUGGACCCAAAGGACUCCCUGGAGCAGCAGGUUUACCCGGAUCCCCAGGUCUGCCAGGAUUUGGAAAGCCAGGAUUGCCAGGGAUGAAAGGACACAGAGGGCCUGAAGGUCUUCCUGGCAUUCCAGGAGCAAAAGGAGACCAAGGCCCAGCAGGCGUGCCAGGUGAACCAGGGCCUGCCGGGCCACCAGGAAACAUGGGCCCUCAAGGACUCAAAGGUUUACCUGGCGAACAUGGCCUACCUGGACCCAAAGGYGACAUGGGCCCUGUAGGCCCUGCAGGAUUCCCUGGAGCAAAAGGUGAAAGAGGCUUGCCAGGCUUAGAUGGAAAACCAGGAUACCCAGGCGAACAGGGGGUUGCUGGUCCUAAGGGACACCCAGGUUUUCCUGGACCGAAAGGUGACAUUGGCCAUGCUGGGCUCCCUGGCUUGCCUGGUCCCAUGGGCCCACAGGGAAUGAAGGGUACACCAGGGAUCAAUGGCGAGCCAGGCCCCAGAGGACCUUCAGGAAUACCUGGGACCAGAGGCCCCAUUGGGCCCCCUGGCAUGCCUGGAGCCCCUGGUGCAAAAGGUGAGCCAGGAGCUCCAGGAUUGCCAGGUCCAGCAGGUAUUUCUACCAAAGGCUUAACUGGACCCAUGGGACCCCCUGGACCCCCUGGCCCUAAGGGUAACAAUGGAGAGCCUGGCUUGCCAGGCCCACCAGGUCCUCCUGGUCCCCCUGGCCAAGCUGUCAUCCCUGAAGGCUAUGUGAAAGCAGGAGAGUCUCGAGAACUAUCAGGAAUGUCUUUUAUGAAAGCAGGAGUAAACCAAGCCCUUACAGGGAUGCCAGUAUCUGCUUUCAGUGUCAUCCUCUCAAAAGCUUACCCAGCAGCAACAGUCCCUAUCAAAUUUGAUAAGAUCUUAUACAAUAGGCAGCAACACUAUGACCCCAGAACGGGAAUCUUCACCUGCAGAAUCCCUGGACUUUACUACUUCUCUUACCAUGUACAUGCAAAAGGAACAAAUGUUUGGGUUGCGCUCUACAAAAAUGGUUCCCCAGUCAUGUAUACUUAUGAUGAGUAUAAGAAAGGAUACCUUGACCAGGCUUCUGGCAGUGCUGUGAUCGAUCUCAUGGAAAAUGAUCAAGUAUGGCUCCAGCUGCCCAAUUCAGAAUCUAAUGGUCUCUAUUCUUCUGACUAUGUCCACUCCUCUUUCUCAGGUUUCUUAUUUGCUCAUAUCUAA